AUGCAGAAUGAAAUUGGGCCUACUGAGGAAUUACAAACAGGUGCUGGAGCAUCACAACAUAUCCCAGUUGAAUGGAAUGAAACAACAAUUGAGCAGAAACAGAGUUUACUCCAAACAAAAACUUCAACUCCUGAAAACAAUGUUUUUGAUAUUAAUACAAUAGAACAUACUGCAGCCAACCGUAUUACAGAACUAUUAACCCAGCUAGGCUUAGAAAGCAAAACAUUGUCCCUGAGUGACGUCCUCAACAUAAGCACAGAAACACUUCAACAUAAAUCACCAGAUUCCCCUCAGGACAUUCCAGGAUAUUUUCUCCAGAAUUUAAUGAUGGUCAAUUCAGAGGCAAGGAACUUGAAAUUCAAACCCACUAAGAACGAAUACCAUCCCCUGGAUAUCAUUGUCUCUAUUUUCCUGUGUGCUGAUCCAUUCCUGCUGCAGGAGCUGAUGGUAAAGAUGUCCCUGUGCCAGUUUGCAUUGCCACUGUUACUGCCUGCUGGGAACAAGGGCUGCAUCUUCCUACUGUGGGCUCUGCGCUCCAUUGUGAAGAAGUGGUGCCCACUAUCACUCCGAGAUAGUGCAGGUUUUAAGGAAACAAACAUGGUGACCACCAACAUUCCCAUCUUUUCCUUCAUUAGACUUGGUUCUUGUUCCAUCUCCAAAUUUAUGAUUCUAAAUAAAGUCCUCAGCCGUUCUCAGCAACAUCAUAACUUCUUUAUUCAUGCCGACAUGGAAUGUGGCAAUCUAUCACGUAGGAUUUCUGAUGGUCUUGUUGAGUUGUGCUGGUACCUGCCCAGUGGCAGUGUGGAUUUGGAUCUUUUCCCAGAGCCAAUGACUAUAUUAAACCUUCGAGGUGACGCUAAAGUGUUGCACACACAGGUUCAGUUUCUGACAAACAUUUCUUCGGCUGUUUUUCUUUGGAUUGAUAAUGUUGACAAUGAUACAAGCAAGAUCCUGAAGUCACUGACCCAGUGCCCUGCAAGUAUAUACAUAGUACUCACUGGGAAUAGUGUGAGCAGUGAGAUUAAACAACACUUAAAGGAACUUAUUGAUUCCUCAGUGUGGAAGCAGAAUCAAAUAUUAGCACGAGUAAUGAGAAACAAUGCAGAGUUUACUGAGGCACUGCAAUCUAUAUUAAGACAAGUCCUGGUAAGAACCUAUCAGGAGAUAACUAGCCAAGGCCUCAGGAGUUUGGAGAAACUGGCAAAAAUUGCAAGUGUCAAGGGGAUUGUAAUACCUGAGGAAGAAAAACUGUGUUCACUUGGCAAAGCAAGAUCUGAAAGCAUUUACAAUUAUAUUGAAGGAAAAGCCAUUAACCAAUUCAAAUCGGAAAGCAUGUCAUUUCAGGGUCACACUUGGCAGCAGAUUUCCAAAAUAGAAAAACAACAAUGUCGCCCAAAAAAUUGAGAGGAGAAGUCAAUGCAAAUGUAUUGUAAUUACCUUGAAGAAGAGAAGAGCAAACUUCAAAAACAGCAGCGAGCAAAAGGUAUAUCAGCUGAUAUGAAAAGAUUCAUUGCAGCCCUGACACACAGCGAUGAGAGAAAAUAUGUGCUGCAGUCGAUGAAAUUUGGGUUGGAUAGCAAAUCGAGAGAGACUCUCUCUGUUUUACGUGAUGAGUACAAAGCUCUGUAUGAGAAAUCUCAGGAGCUGUCACAACAGAAAGAUUCUACAACCAAUAAACUACUACAGCAACUUGAUCAACAGAUAACUGCCAAUGCCCUUGGACUUGAACACUUCAUGCGAGAAAUCGGUCUGAUCUACGAAACACUGAUAAACCAGGAAUAUCACGAUAAGGAAGAGAGUCACCUUGUGCAAAUGCUACCCAACACUGUCGCUAACCUAUUGUUGGAUGGGUUCCCUCUGGAACUCGUCGAUGGAGAUGUUUCCAACAUCCCUUUACAGUGGGUCACUGAUGUACUAAAGGCAGUUGAAGACAGGAUUAGCAGAGAGACCAGUAUGUUUGUACUGACGGUGCUGGGUGUGCAGAGCACAGGCAAGUCCACACUUCUCAACACCAUGUUUGGUUUGCAGUUUGCUGUGAGCAGUGGGCGAUGUACCCGUGGAGCCUUCAUGCAGCUCAUUAAGAUUACAGGAGAUCUGCAGAAGGAGCUGGGCUGUGGGUACAUCAUGGUGAUCGACACUGAGGGGCUGAAAGCACCAGAACUAUCAAACAUUGACGGCAGCUCUGAACAUGACAAUGAGCUUGCCACUCUAGUGAUCGGACUAAGCGAUGUAACAUUGGUAAAUAUGGCCAUGGAAAACUCCACUGAGAUGAAGGAUGUGCUUCAGAUAGUGGUCCAUGCAUUUAUACGAAUGGGAGAGGUGGGGAAAAGGCCAGUUUGUUACUUUGUUCACCAAAAUGUCAACGAUGUGUCUGCUCAUGACCAGAAUAUCAGAGGUCGCAAACAUCUGCUAGAACAGCUGGAUGAGAUGACACGAGCAGCGGCAAUAAUGGAAAAACGAGAUCGACAAUUCAGUAAGUUCUCGGAUGUUCUGGAGUAUGAUGCGAUGGAGAAUAAUUGGAACAUCCCAGGCCUGUGGCACGGGAAUCCACCCAUGGCAGCUGUCAAUAGUGGCUACAGUCACAAGGUGUUUGAGCUGAAGAAAAGGCUUUUUCAGAACCUGAAAGAGAAUACAAAGAAACGGAAACCGUCAACCAUCUCUGAGUUCAUCCAAUGGACUAAAUCCUUGUGGACUGCGGUGAAAUAUGAGAAUUUCAUUUUCAGUUUCCGGAACAGUCUGGUAGCUGAAGCUUACAAGGACCUUUCUGUUCCCUACACAGAUGUGGAGUGGGAUCUGAGGAAAGAGAUACAUUCCUUCUUGGGAAGAGCACAGAACAGAAUUUUUAGUACAAAUCAGGAUCCAGGAGAGGAAGCUGUUAGUUUAAAAAGCGAAUUGAUUGUAUUUCUUGAUGAACAGAAAAGAAAAGCACUCCAAAAAUUGAAGGAAUACUAUUCCACAGGCCAUAACACAAACCUUGUUGAAAAAUACAGGGAGGAUUUUAUCUGGAGCACUGAAUCUCUGAUCAUUGAACGUCAGAUAUAUGUGGACAGGAAGUGUGAUGAAGCCGUGCAGAGGAGGAGAGCUCGGCAGAAGCUGAAUGAUAUAAAGGAAAACUAUAAGAGUCAGAUUGUAGAAGAGGUCAAUAAACUUCUGCAGAAGUACAGUCAAGAAAAUAAGGAGAUGGAUGAAACACAAUUGAAGGAAGUGUUUGAGAAAAUGUGGCAGAACACAAUUUCAAAAUUUAAACAUUUACCAUCACAAGAAGCCAAUAUUAUGAAGGACAUGGAACAGAGUCUACGCCAGAGCAUGCUCACAGACACCAAACUCCUCAACCAGAAACUGAGCAAUAAAUCCCUCUCUGAACUGAAGGAUGAAAAACUCCAAAUCAAUCAUAAUCACGUUGAAUCAACUGCAUUUUAUUCCAGGCUUGUGCAUAACCCGAUGUAUUCAAUAUUCAGUACAAAAGCCCAGGAACUGUGUGAUGAGUGGGUGAAGGAGUGUAAACAGUUUGUAAUGAAGAAAGUGAAACAGGAGCAGGACUAUGAUUCUAACCAUUGCCGAGAACUCCUGAGAGCCAUAGACAUGAAAAUCCAGAAACACAAGGAUCAAAAAUUCACCUUUACUGAAGAUUUCAGGGUAGAUUUUAAACUUCACACAUGUGGGUUUGCACUUAACCAGUAUGAAGAAAUGCAUGAAAGGUUUAGGAAGAAAAAUGAUCCUCUGGAACAAUUAAAAAAGGAGAAAUCAGCUUACUGCCAAAGCUUUAUGGAUAUCUACCAGGAGAAAGAUCACACCAAACAGAGAGCAAAAAUGUUCUGUGAAAAUUGCCUGAUCCCAGCCACAAUGCAAGCUGUUGAUAACAGACUGGGAAUGGAAAUUGUUCAGCACAUGAGGCAGCAUUGCAAAGGAGGGAAAUUCUUGUACCGGAAAAACUUACAAAUUGUCAAUCGAUUGAAGGAAGCUCUAAAGGAUAUUACAGACAUGACUGAUGGGAGUUCUUUAGCUGAUGUUGUUCAGGCAUUUAAAAAUAAACUGUGUGAGGAGAUACAGAUUCCACAGGAGAAGUUGGGACCUGUCAUUUUUCAGUCUGAAAAGGUUAACCCACAGGACUUUAUCCAGGAAAUUGCAAGUUUUAUCAGUACAAAUUAUCUGACUGACAGGAUAAAAGAUUGGGGGAAGGAUGUUGCUAAGAAAAUUACUGCUCUCCCAUCAGAUCCAGCUGAUGAAUUUUAUACAAUGUUAUGUGGUUGUGGGGAGCGGUGUCCCUUCUGUGGCGCCCUGUGUGAUUGCACGAAUAGGGAGCACACACAGCGCAUUGCUGAAUAUCACUGGAGCCAAGGGCUGAAUGGACAUAAACAUCAUAAGACUGGGCAUCUUGUAUCAGAAAAUUGCACAACAGAUGUUGCUGGUGAUUCUUCUUUCAGGAAUGAAGAUACUGGAGGGGCAUGGUUUCUUGACAAGAAAUACAGGGAAUUGAAUAAAUGGUAUGGUUCCUGGAAUAUUCCUCCUGAUACCAGCAUAAAAACAUCAGCCUUUUGGAAAUGGGUCUUAUAUAAAUACAAUAAAAAGUUCGCUGAGAAAUACUCAGCAGAACCAGCAGAGAACAUUUCCAGCUGGAACAUGCCCUGGGAUACAAUUACAAAAGACAUUGAAGAUAAAUACAAGGUGAUGAUUAAUGAGUUCUACUAACUCAUUAAUUUUAAUGACUUUGUUUGAAGCUGAGAAGAUCCAUCACCUUCCUCCACCAAAUGCACCUCGAAGACCUUCUCCCUGGUCUCUCCUUGCCUCACCCCUCUCCUACACGCAUUCUCCAUCCUGAGCUCUUCCAAUCGCAUUCCUCUAGUGCCUAGACCUCUCUCCUCAGUUUGUAGCACUGUGAGCUUAGUCAGGAUUCCUGCUUGUUGCUCACGUCUCAGCUGCUAUUUUUCAAAUCACAAAAGUAUUUCCCCUAUUGAAGUCAUAGCCAGUCCCACAAUGGUGGACAAUUGCUCACAGCCACUAUAGUUUUAUUACUAACUCUGCUGAAAAUCUGGUCCUCUGCUGAGGUUGUGAUUUGGGUUUUGUGAUAUCCAGCUGA